AUUGGCGGGUUGGAAAAAAACAACUUUGGUCAAGAGAGUGUAUGAUGAGAAAAUUGUAGCCAACCACUUUCACAAUCGUGUAUGGUGUACUAUUUCUCAAGAAGAUGAUAGUACGUACUUGUUGAACAAAAUAUACAAUCAAGUUUGUGGCAAGGAGACAGAGAUUGAUAGUGUAGCUGAAGAGCUUCGCAAAACUUUGAUGGGAAGGAGAUACCUCAUAGUGUUGGAUGAUAUUUGGAGUGAGAAAGCAUGGGAAGACUUGAAUAGAGUUUUUCCCUCAUGUGACAAUGGAAGUAGAAUUGUCGUAACAAGUAGACAAGAAAGUGUGGUUUCUGAUGCGAAACAUAUUUGUCUUCCUUUCUUCACAAUUGAUGAGAGCUGGGAAUUAUUGCAAGUGAAGUUAUUUAAAGGGAAGGGAUGUCCCAAAGAGCUUGAAAGUAUUGGCAAAGAAAUAUCUAAAAAGUGUGGGGGGCUACCGUUGGUAGUUGGUUUGGUAGCCGGGCUUCUAGGAGGAGUUGAAGAGAGUGAGCAAAUGUGGCAAGAAUUUUUUCUUACUUUAAACUCAUGUGCUGGGUUUAGGGAGGGAAUACAGAGCAAUGAUGCGAUAAAACUUAGUUACCACCAUUUAUCAUAUAAUUUGAAACAUUGCUUACUUUACUUUGCAUCAUUUCCAGAGGAUGAAACAAUUGAAGUUUUCUAUCUAACAAAACUAUGGAUAUCUGAAGGGUUCAUAGACAUUAAGAAGGAGGAGAGAGUAGAAGACACGGCAGAGUAUUGCUUGAACCAUCUGGUUGGCAGUAACUUAGUAAUGGUUUCUGAAAGGAAGUACGAUGGUGGCAUCUUAUCAUGCGUUGUUCAUGAUUUGGUACAUGAUUUUUGCUUAGCCAAAGUUAAAGAGGAAAAUUUCUUGCACAUAAUUAAGAUGGAAGAUAAGUUGAAUCCAACUCUGGAAUUUACUCCGCACCGAAUAUCUUUCCAUAGAUAUGGUUAUAAUGAUGAGAUUCCUAAUGAAUUGGUACCAUGGAAUUCUUCUAUCCACACACUUUUGGGUUACCCAAAGGUGAAAUUCAUAUACAGUGGUGCAAUGGUUUAUAAUGGCUCAUGGGUUGCCAAAAAAUUUGAACAUCUCACAAUUUUGGAUUUAGAGUUUAUUGUUGUGGAUAAAGUAAUUUUAUCUGAAAUUAACUCACUAAUUCAUCUAAGAUACCUAGCUCUCUGUCUAUGUGGAUGUGGUUCUGUCUCACCAUUGUCAUUGAAGAAUCUUGAGGGUCUCAUAACAUUAAAGUUGACUUCAGGCAACGAUUUGCAUUUGCCAAAAUAUUUUUGGAAUAUGAAAAGUUUGAGGCAUAUGAUUAUCCACCACUAUUUUUGUGAUUCAUGCCCAAAAGUACCAACUCCAGUUAUUGAAACAAAUUCUGGUUUAGAAGUCUUAGAUUUGAAAACUUCUUUGAGUACAAGGGAUGGGCAUUUAUUGAGGAAGUUUCCCCAUCUCAAAUAUUUGAGCUGUCUGGUCCCGCAGUCACGUCCAUUUGUUAAAAUUCACAUUCUCCAUCAUCUUGAAUCUCUUUGGUUAUACAAUUGUUGUGAUGAUGAUCCACAUCAUCAUGGGAAUCCACAUUUUCUUAAUGAUCUUAAACUCAGCAAGUUUUCAUCAAGUAUUAAGGAAAUAAGGUUGGAGGGUAUUACUCUUUCGUUGUCAGCAAUUUCAAUAAUUGCACAACUCUCUAAUCUUGAGGCUCUAAUACUAGCGUGUUGCAAGUUUGAGGAGGGUUCAGAAUGGAAUGUGGAUGAGGAAACUCAAUUCCACAAACUAAAAUACCUGGAAUUAAUCCAUCUUGAUAUUAGCAUUUGGAAUAUUUGCAGUGAAGAAUCUUUUCCUUGCCUUGAGCAAGUAAUUUUGGAUUAUUGUGAGGAGUUACAGGAAAUGCCUUAUGCAUUGGCAGAUAUUUUAACAUUGAAACUACUCAGUGUGCGUAGCUGCCAUAACACUGAAAGUUCAGCGAAGAAAAUUGAGGAAGAUGCACGAGACAUAGGAAAUGAGCAACUUAAUGUCGAGAUUAUAUCAAGUAAUUCAGAUACAUGGUGUCUAACGAGAAAAGUUUAUCAAAAUCAGGAACAACGUAGAGAGAGGUGGGCAAGAGAAAUGGCUGAGGAGAUGGCAACAGAAAUGGCUGAGGAGAGGGCAACAGAAUUGGCAGAGUGUCAAAGAAAUAAACAACUCCACACUCCACUAUUAAAAUAUUGGGGUUCGUUAGUUGUUCUAACUUUAAUUUUGUUGUUCUUUUGUUUGUUGUUCCAGUAGUCAGUUGUGUGUGGAAUUAUUGAACGACGGAAAUAUUUCAAUAUCAAGUAGCUAAAUAGUUAUUUUAAA